CCAAAACAAAGACAAAGCUCAAUUCAUAGAUACUCUGUUACUCUGAAAAAUGAGAAGAGACAAACCUACAGUCUCCUUUCAUCUCCUCCUUCUUGUCUUGGCAAGUUAUAUCAUCAUCAUCAAUGGUGACAAGCAGAAGAAUUUUUACAUAGUUUACAUGGGAGAUCGUCCUAGCUUGAGAAGACAUGCAGUUCAGUCACAUAUAAAUAUUCUCUCAUCAGUGAAAGGAAGUACCAGUGAAGCUGCAGACUCCAUUGUUCAUAGCUAUACUAAUAGCUUCAGUGCAUUUGCAGCAAAGCUAACUCCAGAUGAAGCCAACCAGUUGUUGAGUAUGGAUGGGGUGAUUUCUGUAUUUCCUAAUCGUUAUCACAAGCUUCGGACAACAAAUUCAUGGGAUUUUAUUGGAUUACCUUUGACUGUAAAAAGAAAUUUGAAGAUGGAGAGUGACAUAAUUGUGGGUUUAUUGGAUACUGGGAUAACUCCGGAUUCUGAGAGCUUCAGCGAUAAGGGAUUCGGACCUCCGCCGGCAAAAUGGAAGGGCACUUGUCCCCGAUAUGCUAAUUUCUCUGGAUGCAACAAUAAGAUCAUAGGAGCAAGAUUCUUCAAGCUUGAUGGCAGCUCCGACCCAGAAGACAUCUUAGCUCCAAUCGACGUGGACGGCCAUGGCACUCAUACAUCAUCCACACUUGCAGGAAAUCUAGUAGAAGGUGCCAGUCUCUAUGGGCUUGCAAAGGGAACAUCACGUGGAGCCGUGCCCUCUGCAAGGAUUGCAGUGUACAAGGUGUGUUGGGAAAGCACUGGAUGCGCAGAUAUGGACCUUCUAGCCGCAUUCGAUAAGGCAAUAUCAGACGGUGUUGAUGUCAUUUCCAUUUCCAUUGGCGGUGGAACCAUUGGCUACUUAAAUGAUUCCAUUGCAAUCGGAUCCUUCCACGCCAUGAAGAAAGGGAUCAUCACCGCUGCCUCUGCCGGCAACAGCGGACCAGAACCGGGUACCGUAGAAAAUCAUGCACCAUGGAUUCUUACGGUCGGUGCAAGCGGCACGAAUCGACAAUUUAGGAGCAAAUUCAUGUUGGGCAAUGGGAAGACAUUCUCUGGACUUGGUGUGAACAACUUCUCUCCAAAACAAACACUUUAUCCCCUUGUCGUUGGGGCUAAUGCAGGCGACAAUCGCACAAACUCUGCCAGCAGUGCAAGGUAUUGUAUAGAGGGAUCCUUAGACCAUUCAAAGGUGAAGGGAAAGAUAGUCUACUGCGAGCUGAUGAUGUGGGGCGUUGAUUCCGUCGUUAAAUACGCCGGUGGAGUUGGCACCGUCGUAGAAAGCGAUGCUAACUCUGAUACUGCUCAAAUUUUCAUGGCACCAGGAACUGUAGUGACUUCAAGCACCGGCCAAGCUAUCAUUGAUUAUAUAAACUCAACAAGAUCACCAUCAGCAGUAAUAUCUAGGACCCAAGAAGUUAAUGUUCCAGCCCCUUUUGUGGCUUCAUUUUCAUCUCGUGGGCCUAAUCCUGCAUCCACAUACAUUCUCAAGCCGGACAUUGUUGCACCUGGCGUCGACAUCUUGGCUUCUUAUACCCUUCUCAAGUCCCUUACUGGACUUCAGGGUGAUACCCAAUACUCAAAAUUCACGAUCAUGUCCGGUACAUCCAUGGCUUGUCCUCAUGUUGCUGGUGUAGCUGCUUAUAUAAAGUCAUUCCAUCCUAAUUGGUCACCGGCUGCUAUCAAAUCUGCCAUUAUUACCACUGCCAAACAGCUAAGUCCUCGUAUCAACAAUGAUGCGGAGUUCGCAUAUGGUGCCGGCCAGGUGAACCCACUUCGAGCUAUCCAUCCGGGUUUAGUGUAUGACAUGGAUCAGUUGUCGUACACUCAGUUCCUCUGUCGUGAGGGUUACAAUGGCUCCUCCUUGGGCUUCUUGGUUGGUUCAAAGUACGUAAAUUGUUCUUCUUUGCCUCCUGCAAAGGGAAGGGAUGGUCUCAACUAUCCAACCAUGCAACUGACCACUUCCAUGAACAGAGCUGAAACAACUGUAGUUUUCAGGAGGAGAGUCACAAACGUGGGUCCUGUUGAGUCAGUGUACAAUGCAACCAUUAGAGCACCCAAAGGUGUUGAGAUCACUGUGAGACCUGCAACUCUCUCCUUCACUAGUACAGUACAGAAAAGGAGCUUUGCAGUGAUGGUGAAAGCCAAGCGCAUGGCUAAUGUGCAAAUGAGAUCAGGUGAGCUACUGUGGAGAAGCUCUCAUUACACUGUAAGAAGCCCCAUUGUUAUUUUAUAUGCACCAUAG